CGAAAAUUAUAAUCGAGAAACACCGGGAUAGAAACAUCGCUGGGCUGAAAUCUUGGACCAACCUGGAUAAAGCUCGAAACCUCGAAACCUUCAAACCAUGUCGACCAGCUCCGACCCCCAGACACCCGGCCCCGAGCAGCCUAAACAGGAGACCACCACACCCGACAAGACAUCCAAGAAGUCGAAGAUGGACACCCUCUUAUCAAAGCUCCCACCAAGCAUGGUCCGCAACCUGAAAGACACCCGCAAAUGGAAAAACUGGUUCAGGUCGAUGGUGGUCAUCUUCGUCUGCGUGAUCUACUUGGUCGUACAGAACACGUUGGAGGUGCUCGGGCAGGCUGGGUUCUUUUCCCUGAUCGUGGCGAUCAUGAUGCCACCCUCGAUGCCAUUCGCUACAUUCUUCUUCGCCAUCCUCACCCUCGUCGUAGGCAUGUGCCUAGGCUGGGCCUGGGGCGCAGCAGCAAUGGCCUCCGCCCUCCGAGCCCGUUCUGCCACCCUCCUUGCCUCAUCCUACACCCGGGCUCAAUCACAACUCAUCUCCGGAGUAGCCCCUGACAGCCAAUUCCAGAAGUUCGUCUUCGAAGGGGUCUUCCUCGACGCCCGGUCCUCUGCUGUCUUCGGAGCUUUUUUUUUCGUUGGGAUGUUCGCGUUGGCUGGGUUGAAGGCUGUUGCGCCCAAGUUGACGUUUUUGGCGAUCUUUGGGAUGAUCGUGAUGAUCGUCUUCUGUUCUUACGGCCCGUUGUUCCCCUCGGCGCAAUAUACUAUCGCCACGCAGUUCUUGAUCCCCACAGGCUUCUACGUAGCCACAGCCUUGGCGUCGAUCAUCCUCAUCUUCCCUCAAACCGUCAACCACAUGGUCACCGACGGCUACAUCAAAGGCUUCCUCACCCCCGGCAACGGAGUGAUCGCCCUCCAAACCCAAGUCCUGCAGACCGACCCAACCGACCCGAAAGCCUGGGAAGAACUCGCGGAAAAGGUCAAGGAGCUUCGUACGGCAGCUUCAGAGACGCUGGUUGGGCUCAACGGACAGAUGGGCAUGUUGGAGCUCGAAGUCAGCAGGGGGAGGAUCAGCGCAAAGGAUCUGAAGACAUUGUUGGUCAAAUCGCGUGCUCUGAUCGGACGGAUGGUCGGGGUGUCGAGUUUCCAACUACUGGUCGCUCGGCAGCAGAAAUCCGCCAUCCCCUCCGGGACCGAGGGCAACCACGACGAAAAGGAACAUCUCAAUGGCGAUUCCCGGCACCAUCACGUUAGAGAACUCCGUUACCAAGAAUUCAUGAAACAAAAGGAAGCCGAACGGGGUCACCGUCUGAACGAUCUCUUGCCCAUACUAGAUUCGAGCUCGGAACGACUCCGCCGGGCGUGUACGAGCGGGUUGGCAGACUUUACCGGGUUCCUGGAUCAUACCAAUCGGACCCGAUGGGCAAAGGGGAAAAAGGUCUACCCGGAGGGAGAGACGGCUCAGAGCGGACUUGACAAGAGGCAGGCCAACUUGAACGAGUUGCGGGACGCUCUCAAGGCGUAUCGGCAGUCGGACCAUUUGCAAGUCCUCGGCAAAUUCAGUGACUUGUUCGACGAAGAGACGGGCGACUAUCGGCGAGACCACCCGUCCUUGCAUUCGAUCGAGCGGGACCGACCGACCUUGUCGAUGCGUCAACUCUUUCUCUGUUUCGUCUUUUCCACCAACCUGACCAGCUACGCCAUGGCCCUCGCGGAUUACUUAGAGACGGGUCUCGAGAUCGAAGCCAGGUCGAACAAGAACCGGUUCCAAUGGCCCACCGCUUUCAACAAGAUCGGCAAGGUCGCGCUCAGUCGAGAGGGCGAUAAUGUGAACCCGGUCGAGCUGGGUAGCGAUGACAGGGACGAUCAGGGUCGGGAAGCCGACGAGUAUUCGACGACGACGAGUGACGACGAGGACAGCUUGGAAAAGCCUUCCAGCAAGACGCAAAAGAAACAAGCACGAGCCGCCAAACGGGAGAAACUAUAUCGUCCCGACCUCGACGCAUUGCCACCUCGUAAUGGGUUGCAAAAGUUCAUGCGUGAACUCUCCGUCGUACUGAAAUGGUUUGGGUCACCUGAAGGACUGUUCGCCUUCAAGGCCGGGCUGGUCUCGGUCGCCCUGUGGAUGCCAAUGGUAUUCGAGUCCUCGGUCUGGUUUGCUUAUUCGAAUCGAUCUCUAUGGGCGCAGAUCAUGGCCGUGACGGGACUGGCAGUCUUUAGCGGUGACCUCGUCGUGGGCUUCCUCGUUCGCUUCACCGGUACCGUCUGCGGACUUGUACUGGGCAUGCUAGCUUGGUACAUCGGCAACGGUAACGGCAGCAACCCGUACGGCACGACAGCCGCGCUCAUGGUGAUGAUCGCGCCCAUUGUCUUCUGGCGACUGGCUGCAAAGCCUGCUACCAUGGCUUUCCCCUUGAUGAUGGGCGUGACCGUGGCUUUGAUCGUGGGAUAUUCCUGGGUCGAUUCACAUCUUCCGCUACUUGUCAACAGUGGGAUCGGUGUCGACGUGGCUUGGAAGCGAGCAUUAUUGGUCUUGAUCGGUUUCACCGCCGCCUUCAUCAUCAGCUUGUUCCCCAAACCGAUCACGGCGCGCAAGAUAGUCAGGCUACGAGCUGCCAAGAUCAUCGACGUUCUUGCCGAGCUAUACGUGGACGAGCUGAAGGGAUUCCUGUUGGAGGCGAAAGAAUCGAACGAGCCGUGGAACGAGAGCAAGGUAGAAGAACGCGCGGGUCUGUAUCGAAGCAGAGUUCUUGACGUUGUGGGACGACUCGGCACAGUCGGGCCUCAAUUGGCGUCGGCCCGUUUCGAGCCCAGCUUCCGCGGACCCUGGCCAAAACAACGUUACCACGAUCUGUUUGGUAUCAUUCGGGAGUUGACCGGAGUACUAGCUCUAUUGAGCAAUGCGUGGACCAGGAUCGAACCUCGGUACGCCAAGGCUAUCACCGAGACCCCCUUCUUUGAUCCACCAAUGGUUGCGGACACGCUCGCAUUGUUUUCGCUAAUCAGCAGUUCCUUGCGAGAUGGACGGUCCAUGCCUGUUUCUGUGCCGUUAAUGGAGCGGAUGGCGGGACUAAGUAUACACACGGCGCAAGAUCAGCUCGAGCUCUACCGAGUCAAGCUCAAUUGGAAAUCUCUUCAGAACGAGCAGACCGCGGUUUACGCCACGACAAUCGUUGCGCUGAGUAACAUGAGCGCUCUGCUCGAUCGUCUGCACGACGUCGUGCGGCAACUCGUCGGGACGAGAGCCUUUGACCUGUUCGAGGAACACGCCGAAGCGAGGGCUGAGCGAGACAUGGAGUUGUUUGGAAAAGCUUGAGAGCGUCUGUACAAGAUAGAACCGUAACUGCGAUGAUACAUUGGUUGUAAAUCCAACGCAACGACAAUGGAGCAGACAACACACUCUCUGCUCCUCCCGUUGGCACA